CGUAACCCGUUGCCAGGGCGACCGAAUUCGGGCGGGCGGCGAGGGGCGGGGCACGGCCGCGCCAAGCGGCUUCCGAUUGGCCCCUGCUGCUUCGUGCAACAGGGCCCCUCGACUUGACAGCCCUGGGAACACAGAGACCCAGCGCCUGUGCUUCCAGCGGUUCCAGUACCGCGUGGCCGGCGGGCCGCACGUCGCACUGGGUCAGCUUUGGACACUGUGCCGCCGGUGGCUGUGGCCCGAGGCGCGCUCCAAGGAGCAGAUGCUGGAGCUGCUGGUGCUGGAGCAGUUCCUGGGCGCGUUGCCCAGCAAGAUGAGAACCUGGGUGCAGUCUCGGGGGCCUCGCAGCAGCAGCGAGGCCACCAACCUGGUGGAAGACCUCACGCAGAUGGGCCAGCAGGAAGGUGAGAGGGGCAGACCCCUCCGGCCCUGCCCGCGCCUGCUCUCUCUUCGCUGUUUGUAUGUAAAUGUCGCGCCGUGCCUCAUCUGCCAGGAAUCUCGUUCGCUGGGUAUUAAGGACCCCUGCGUUUCCCACGCGUCCAUCUGUCCUGUGGUAUUGUAUCGCUGCCUCCUCGCCGCGCGUCCUCCCUGGGAAGGACGCCAGCCGCCCUCCCAGCCCCUCGUAGCGCCUGCCUCGGGCGACGUAGGAACCCCGGGACCGCCGGGCACCCGGGCGCAACCCGCCCUAGAGUCGCACGAGCUGGCGGUGGAGAUGCUCAGUCCUGCGUCCCGGCACACUGCAGGGCCGGGUUCUCAGGUGGGCUUGCUUCAGCAGUUGUCUCUGCUGGAUCUCAGGCGGGAUCCCAAAGAGAUGUAUCCCAGCUGGACCUGCUGCUGCACAAAGGCCCUGGAGGCAGUGGGAGGGGACCAGCACUGGGUCAGGUACCAAGUGGAUUUUGGUGUGGCUGGAGAGAUUAAAAUCCGGGGUUGGGCUAUGCAGACCUAUGGCGAGAUCCUGCAUUCAUGGGGUACCAGCAAGAGAAACCGCAUGGAGCUGCUGGAUCAUGAGGAACUGCGGGGGAAGUGGACCCUGCUCAUCCAGAUGGCCAUCCUGGUGCUGGGGGGGGAGGCGCAAGACCCCAGGCUGGGAAAGUGCUCAGUGCUGGCAGUUAUCAUGGUCACCGCCAUCAUUGCCUACCCUAGUUCCACAACUAUGUGGCAGCUGGUUCUGGUGCAGCUCUGCAAAAUCCCCUGUGGCCUCUUCGUCUCCAACACGGCCAUGGUAGUGAAGCCGGGCAGCACAGGGGACUGUACGAGCAGCUGGCAUACUCUCACCACGACAAGUCGCACCAACACUUUACAUGGUGGGGUACAUCCUGCCCCUGAUGGCAGCGGUGACCAGCAGGCGGGUGACCAAUGCCCUUGGGAAAGAGAGGAAGGCAGUUACGAGGCCCACAUCCACAUCAAUGGGAACCCAUUUCUCAAGGUGAAGGACAAGUUCACUACCUCACACUGGCCAGCAGCACCAUCACAGCUCAGGCACCACCAGCUCUGGCUGCAAGGACUGGUGGCUGUGGCUGCUGCCCGCCUGUUUGUCCCCGCACCUCCUGCCCGUAGGAACAGAGAGGGCCCCGGUGUUGGAUUGCGGCUCCAUGCCGGCACCCUGCACCAGCCACAGCACUGGGACCACUGCUCCUGGGUCACAGGGCGCCACUCAGCCACCAACAAGGAAACCCUGGAAGAGGAGAUGACCCUGAGUGACAGUGCCACCAAUGUGCUGGAGUGGAAUCGUGCUUUCACAGAGGCCUACACUGAGGCGAUGUGGAUGUGCAAAAGCCGCCCACAUGCUGCUGAACUUGUGCGCCACCACCCCAUGGAAGAUUCGAUGGACAUGGACAUGAGCCCCCUGAGGCCCCAGAACUAUCUUUUUGGUUGUGAACUAAAGGCCGACAAAGAUUAUCACUUUAAGGUGGAUAAUGAUGAAAAUGAGUACCAGUUAUCUUUAAGAACGGAGUCGGAGCUGAUCCUGGAUGCAGCAGAGGCCUCUGGUCUCCCGGAGGAGGACGAGGAUGAGUGGCUAGACUCCCUUCUGUCGCUGCAGAGUCUACAAACCAGGGCGGAGCCUGAGGCAAGCAGCAUCCCUGGCCUGUGGGAUGAGUGUCCAGUGCCUGGAUUCUGCUUCCGGGCGCCGUGGCCUCUGAAGCCCAGCAUCUGGGACGACCCCGAGAACCUGCCCGCCGGUGAGCGCAAGGCCACCCUGCAUGGGGGCGGCCUCUGCCGCCUGUGCUGCUGCGCCCAGGGUGCAGGCCUAGCAGGCUUCAGGGCGUGUUCGGAAAGCGACAGUUCGGCGGUGAGGGCCCACCGGUCUGAAGUCGCAGCCGUUUCGACAGUGGCACGGACUGUGCGUCCCGCAGGCUCGUGUCUCCGCGGCGGGGCCUGGGCGCCCAGCGCAAACGACCCUUCCACGUUCGCAGACCCCGCAUGCGGGGCGGGGGAGGACGCCCACGCGGCUGCGAGCCUCAGGGUUGGGACGCGAACCCGCGUCCCAACCAGGGAGCCGCGCGCACGGAGAGUCGGGCUCGGGAGGAGGGCGGGGCCGGCGCCGAGAGGCGGGACCAUCGCGGGACGACCGGAAGCGCGCGCGCGGCCCUCUGGGAGCUGCAGUCCGGAGCAGGCGCAGUCGCGGCUGGGGGGGUGGGGCGGCCGCGGCCUUUGUCUCGCCGUCGGGCGGGAGCAAGUGACCUUUGAGGACGUGGUCGUGGACUUUACACAGGAGGAGUGGGGACAGCUGAAACCAGCCCAGAGGACCUUGUACUGUGAUGUGAUGCUGGAGACCUUCGAACUCCUGGUUUCUGUGGGACAUUGGUUCCUGAAGCCAGGCAUUACCUCCCUGCAGGAGCAAGGUGCAAAACCAUGGUUGGUGGACUCUGGAGUUCCCCAAGGUCUGUGCCCAGACCUAGAAACUAGACCCAAAGUCAAACUGUCAGCUCCAAAGCAAGAUAUCUCUGAAGAAAUAUCCAGCAGGGUCAUCCUGAUAGGAAGAUUCCUGUGGGAUGCUCUGUUGUACUGCAAGAGUGAGGACACAGAGGGCUACUGGAAAUGGGGUUGUGAGAGCUUAGAGAGCCUUAUGGUACCAGCAGCCUUCACGCCUGAAAAGACACCUACUCAGGAGCAGCAUCAGAGGAAUAGGUAUGGGGAUGACUUAAGUCUGAGCCCUGAUCUCCCCAGUCAAGCAAUGACUCCUGAAAGACAAGACCCUCCUCUGUGGAGAGCUCAUGGAGAAAGGGAGAAGCUAGCCUUAAAUGUGCAACAGGAAACCUAUUAUGCAAAAAAGAAACCCUAUAGAUGUCUGGAAUGCGGAAAGGCCUUUAGUCACAGCUCAGCACUCAUCGAACACCAACGAACACACACGGGAGAGAGACCUUAUGAAUGUCACGAAUGCAGAAAAGGCUUCCGGAACAGCUCAGCACUUACCAAACAUCAGAGAAUCCACACUGGGGAGAAGCCCUAUAAAUGCACUCAGUGUGGGAGGACCUUCAACCAAAUCGCCCCACUAAUCCAGCACCAGAGAACUCACACGGGUGAGAAGCCCUACGAGUGCAGUGAAUGUGGGAAAUCCUUCAGUUUUAGGUCCUCCUUCAGCCAACAUGAGCGGACUCACACAGGUGAGAAGCCCUAUGAGUGCAGUGAGUGUGGGAAAGCCUUCCGGCAAAGCAUCCACCUUACCCAGCACCUGCGAAUUCACACUGGGGAGAAACCCUAUCAGUGUGGAGAGUGUGGCAAGGCCUUCAGCCACAGCUCGUCCUUGACCAAACAUCAGCGAAUUCACACUGGGGAGAAACCCUACGAGUGCCAUGAAUGUGGAAAAGCCUUCACCCAGAUCACACCACUGAUUCAGCAUCAGAGGACCCAUACAGGGGAGAGGCCCUAUGAGUGCAAUGAGUGUGGGAAAGCCUUCAGCCAGAGUACACUCCUGACCGAGCACCGGAGGAUUCACACGGGAGAGAAGCCCUAUGGAUGCAAUGAGUGUGGGAAAUCCUUCAGUCACAGCUCCUCGCUUAGCCAGCACGAGCGGACGCACACGGGAGAGAAGCCCUAUGAGUGCAGCCAGUGUGGAAAGGCCUUCCGGCAGAGCACGCACCUCACUCAGCAUCAGAGAAUACACACUGGGGAGAAGCCCUAUGAGUGUGGUGACUGCGGCAAGGCCUUUAGCCACAGCUCUUCCCUAACCAAGCAUCAGCGGAUCCAUACUGGGGAGAAACCCUAUGAGUGUAACGAAUGCGGAAGAGCCUUCAGCCAACUCGCCCCCCUCAUUCAGCAUCAGAGGACCCACACCGGAGAGAAGCCCUAUGAAUGCAAUGAGUGUGGCAGAGCCUUCAGUCAGAGCUCCCUUCUCAUCGAACACCAGAGGAUUCACACCAAGGAAAAGCCCUAUGGCUGCAAUGAGUGUGGGAAGUCCUUUAGUCACAGCUCCUCGCUCAGCCAGCAUGAAAGGACACACACCGGGGAAAAGCCCUAUGAAUGUCAGGAUUGCGGGAAGUCCUUCAGGCAAAGUACCCACCUCACUCAGCACCGGAGGAUCCACACAGGAGAGAGGCCGUACACAUGCAGGAACUGUGGGAAAGCCUUUACACACAGCUCUUCCCUUACCAAGCACCAGAGAACUCAUACCGGGUAGACCCUCUCCAUGUGGGCUGGGG